AUGACAGCAAAGUUUUACGCAAAUAAUAUUCCGUCAUUAAGAAAAGAUGUUGCAUGUCACCGCUUUACAGUAGACGACAAACACAACUGGACAACAGAUGAAAGCGGCGAUGAGCUAAGAUUACAGAAAGAUCGCUUUAUUGAACUAGCUCAGGCAGCCUUGGAACAAGCAAAGCGAGAAGAAGAAGAAAAGGGUUUACUACAGGAAUUACUAGAGACAUUGUUAGAACACACAGGCGCACCUAUGGUAGCUGAUGUUAUACUAGAACAAAUCCAUAGUCAAGACGUGAUUGAAAAACUAGCAGAAGAUCAUUUCAUACAACAAAGAAGACGAAGUAGCUAUGAAGAUGAUCUAAAUACGUUAAAAGAGCCAGAACAGCAAUUUGACCUUGUACAUAAUAAUAACAAACAAACAUACAUCAACAGUAAUAAUAGUCAUCAUCCCCAUCACCAUAGCAACAGCAAUAACAGUAACCUGGAUACCAUCUUGACUAUAUCAGAAUAUCUAUGGAGACUAUUCCGAUUAUUGAUGUUAUCAAGUAUUGUUGGUCUAGUCUAUCACUUUAUGUGUGCUAAUCCUACUCAGCAUCCAUCACUGUUUGAUUCAUAA